GCUCGCCGGCAAGACGCUGCUCGGCGCCAGCCUCGUGGGGGCGUCCCGCGACGCCAGCGACGCCUUCUGGAAGAUGCCGCACAAAGGGCACAGUGGCAUCAACCAGCUGGGCGGCGUCUACGUCAACGGCCGCCCCCUGCCGGACUCGACGCGCCAGAAGAUCGUCGAGCUGGCGCACUCGGGCGCGCGCCCCUGCGACAUCUCCAGGAUCCUGCAGGUCUCCAACGGAUGCGUCUCCAAGAUCCUCGGCAGGUACUACGAGACGGGCUCCAUCAAGCCGCGAGCGAUCGGCGGCUCCAAGCCACGAGUCGCCACCUCCAACGUGGUCAACAAGAUCGCCGAGUACAAACGUGAGUGCCCGUCCAUCUUCGCCUGGGAGAUCCGCGACCGGCUCCUCUCCGAGGGCGUCUGCACCAACGACAACAUCCCGAGCGUGUCGUCCAUCAACCGCGUGCUGCGCAACCUGGCGGCGCAGAAGGAGCAGCAGGUGACGGCGCAGAGCGAGUCUGUGUACGACAAGCUGCGCAUGUUCAACGGCCAGGCGGCCGGUUGGGCAUGGUACCCGGGGGCGCCGCCUACGCCGCACCUAGGCUUGGCGCCCGCGGCGGGCAUGCUGCCUGGACAGGCGGCGCGCGAUGACCUCCACAAGAGGGUGACGGGGGAGCUGUCGCACGAGACGACGUCUGACGGCAACUCGGAGCACAACUCGUCGGGCGACGAGGACUCUCAGUUGCGCCUGCGCCUCAAGCGGAAGCUGCAGCGCAACCGCACCUCCUUCACCAACGAGCAGAUCGACUCCCUCGAGAAAGAGUUCGAGCGCACGCACUACCCGGACGUGUUCGCGCGAGAACGCCUAGCGGAGAAGAUCGGCCUGCCCGAAGCCCGCAUACAGGUGUGGUUCUCGAACCGGCGUGCCAAGUGGAGGCGCGAAGAGAAGCUGCGCAACCAGCGACGCGCCGUCGAACAGGCGGGGGCGCCCACCGCGCCCGCGGGCCGCCUACCGCUCAACUCCGGCUUCAACUCCAUGUACUCCUCCAUCCCGCAGCCCAUCGCCACUAUGGCUGACUCCUACAGCUCCAUGUCGACGAGCCUGAGCAGCAUGGGCGCGGGCAGCUGCCUGCAGCAGCGCGACCACGGCUACCCGUACAUGUUCCACCACCACGACCCGCUGCACUCGCUCAGCUCGUCGUACGCCAGCCACUCGCGCGCCGCCGCCGCCGUCUCGGCCCUGUUCGGGUUCCCGCCGGCGCGCCUGCUGCUGCAGCCGCCGGAGGACCCGCUGCCGCCGCCCCCGGGGCCCGCCACCGCCGCCGUCGCCGCCUCCACCUCGACGGGCACGGGCGAGGACACGCCGCAGAGCUGCUCGCCGCAGUCCCCGCUGUCGCAGGCGCUGCGCGACGCCUCCUCGCUGGACGCGCUCAGCCUCGCAGCCGCAGCCGCUUCCGCACACCACCACCAGCAGCGCUGA